CUUUCCGGAAGUAAAUGGGCAGAAUAAGAGACAAAGCAGAAGCAAGAGACGAGACAGCAUUUUCGGCCGAGAGUUAAUUGGGGUUGCACGUCUUCUGCAACCUUGGCCAAAAAAUGAGAAGCUUAAUAUUCCUGGCCUUUGGCCUAGCACUAUUGAUUCCCGUAUUGGCUUCUCAAGAUUCAAACUGCGCAGAGGACGAUAAGAGUUGUAUGCAGAAUCCCAUUGCUGCUGGGCAGUCAAAAAAUUCUGCUGAUAUAAAAGAGCUGGACGAAGAUUUUGAUGAGACUAAUUCCGAAGAUACUCCUGAAGAUUCAAGUGAGACAAGCGAUGACUCAGGGACUGAUGUUGAGAACCUUGCACAAAAAGACCCGAGAAGAGGUAGUCGUAGAAGGAGUUCUUCACGACGAAGACGUUCCGCACGACGAAGACGUUCCGCACGACGAAGACGUUCCGCACGACGAAGACGCUCCGUACGACGAAGACGCUCCGUACGACGAAGACGCUCCGUACGACGAAGACGCUCCGUACGACGAAGACGUUCCGUACGACGAAGACGUUCCGUACGACGAAGACGUUCCGUACGACGAAGACGUUCCGUACGACGAAGACGUUCCGUACGACGAAGACGUUCCGUACGACGAAGACGUUCCGUACGACGAAGACGUUCCGUACGACGAAGACGUUCCGUCCGACGAAGACGUUCCGUACGACAAAGACGUUCCGUACGACGAAGACGUUCCGUACGACGAAGACGUUCCGUACGACGAAGACGUUCCGUACGACGAAGACGUUCCGUCCGACGAAGACGUUCCGUACGACGAAGACGCUCCGUACGACGAAGACGUUCUGUACGACGAAGACGUUCCGUACGACGAAGACGUUCCGUACGACGAAGACGUUCCGUACGACGAAGACGCUCCGUCCGGCGGCGAAGACGUUUUGUACGGCGGCGAAGACGUUUUGUACGGCGCCGAAGACGUUUUGUACGGCGCCGAAGACGUUUCAUAACCAGACGAAGAGUAACGAGGAGACGAAUAACAAGACGAAGGUUUUGGUCAAGAAGGAGAACUUCAGGAAGAGGGAACUAUUUGAAGGUCAGAAAAGGUCAAGUUACAUUCAAUUCUGAAGGAAACGACAACAAAAAAAGCAAGUAUUACAGUCGUAAGCCACAUGUUCCUGGUAGAUGGUCUGGAGUCACAAUCGGCAGAGGAUACGACUUGGGUCAAAAGUCAAAAAAGCAGAUAAUAAAAGAUCUUACAGGCGCAGGGAUAUCAAAGGAACUAGCCAAGAAGUUGGCUGAAGGGGCAAAGUUGAAAGGCCAGCAGGCAAGGAACUUCCUCAAGAAUAAUAAGCUCACCAAGAUCGAAAUCACUGGGCAGCAGCAGAAAAAUCUUUUCAAAAAGACCUACACAAGACAAGAAGCAGAGGCCAAACGCUUGACAAAGAAGUAUUACAAAAAGAGCUGGAAGUCAGUUAACCCAAAGAUGCAAGAAAUUCUUGUUGACAUGAAGUACAGAGGAGAUCUAUUGCCACGGUCAAAUUCUGCGGGGCAGAAAGCCUUAAAAGCCGCUGUGAAGGAAAAUAAUUUGAAGAAGUUUAAGGAGGUUAUGAGUAACAGAGAGUAUUGGAGGAAUGUCCCCAAAGAUCGGUUUGACCGAAGAGUCAAGUUUUUGGAGAAAAAAGCUGGCUGAUUGGCUGCUCAUUUUGCCUUUUUAAUGUGCAGGCGGAUUGAUUUUUGCAAUAAUGGAUUUUUAGCAUGUUAGAUUUUUAUGCUUACGCUUUUACGCUUGUUAGGCUUAUACAUUAUUAGCAUUCAUAAGAAUAUUUCUA